UACUUUGUGGCGCGAAAAUCUUGCACUUCUGUAAAGACCUAAGUAGAAACGGUCACGUCGGAGUCUGUAGAAGUUUGUUAUAUUUGGAAAAUAUAGAAUUACGCAAUGGCGGCUGAUUCUGUGGACGAUCGGGAGAUGAGAGAGGCACAGAGAGAAUAUCUGGAUUUCUUAGAUGACGAUCAAGACCAGGGGGUCUACCAGAGCAAGGUACGGGACAUGGUCAGCGAGAACAAGAACCGACUCAUCGUGAACGUCAACGACCUGAGACGACGCAACGAGGCGCGGGCUACCAGGUUGAUGUCUAAUGCGUUUGAAGAGCUGCUGGCGUUCCAGCGUGCUCUGAAGGACUUUGUGGCGUCUGUAGAUGCUACGUACGCCAAGCAGUACGAGGAGUUCUUCGUUGGUCUGGAGGGAAGCUUUGGGAACAAACACGUCUCCCCGCGAACCCUCACCUCUCGCCUGCUGGGCAGCAUGGUCUGUGUGGAGGGCAUUGUCACCAAGUGUUCUCUGGUCCGUCCAAAAGUAGUGCGUAGCGUCCACUACUGUCCAGUCACCAAGAAGACCAUGGAGCGCAAAUAUACAGACAUGACUAGCCUGGAUGCCUUCCCUUCCUCUGCUAUCUACCCUACCAAGGAUGAGGAGAACAACCCGUUGGAGACGGAGUUUGGUCUAUCCGUCUACAAGGACCACCAGACUCUAACAGUCCAGGAGAUGCCAGAGAAGGCUCCUGCCGGUCAGCUUCCCCGCUCGGUGGACAUCAUACUGGACAAUGAUCUGGUGGACGUGGUCAAGCCAGGAGACAGAGUCCAGGUGAUCGGGACCUACCGAUGUCUGCCUGGAAAGAAGGGGGGCUAUACCUCUGGAACCUUCAGGACCAUCAUGAUAGCCUGUCAGGUGAAACAGAUGAGUAAAGAAGUGUCUCCCUACUUCUCCGCGGACGACGUCGCCAAGAUCAAACUCUUCAGCAAGUCAAAGAUGGAUGUGUUUGACCAGCUGUCCCGCUCCUUAGCCCCCAGUAUCCACGGUCACGAAUACAUUAAGAAGGCCAUCCUGUGUAUGUUGUUGGGAGGAGUGGAGAAGAUUCUGGAGAAUGGGUCACGUAUCAGAGGAGACAUCAAUGUACUGCUCAUAGGUGACCCGUCGGUGGCUAAAUCCCAGCUGCUCCGUUAUGUCCUGCACACGGCACCCCGAGCCAUCCCAACCACCGGCCGAGGGUCAUCUGGGGUCGGCCUGACCGCUGCUGUUACCACUGACCAGGAGACUGGAGUCGCCGUGGUUCCCAGAGCAGCGAGGCCUACGACCCGUAUGACUUCGCUGGAGAGAAGGACAUCCCUGAGAUCCAGGCUGGCACGCCCAAGCCGGCAGAGGAGGAGCCUAUGGAUGCCCCUAUCCCACCAAGCCAGGACGGACAGACGGAGGUGUCUGCAGACAGGCUGAAGGAGUUUAAGUCCUCCCUCCUGGAGGUGUUCCGUUCUGCACAUGCUCAGUCCGUCGGUAUGAACUCUCUGAUGGAGAGCGUCAACAAGGACAGAGACGGCCCCUUCACCCUGACAGAGGUCCGGGCCGCCCUCGCUCGCAUGCAGGACGACAACCAGAUCAUGUUGGCUGACGACAUCAUCUUCCUCAUCUAAAGACCAAGGGGAAAACAUCUUCUUCCUCAUCUUAGACCAAAGUAAAGAAGAGGUGAAGGGAGAGGACAGAAGGAGAUGAGUCUGAAUGGAGAGUUUGUUUCCCAUUUGAGACCAAGAAGGAUGAGAAGGAAUUCAGAAAUAAUUGAAGUGGAUUUUGACUAGGUCUUUUGGGUCCACUCGCUUCUUCCAAUUUGCCUUUUUUUGGGGGGGCAAUAACCACUUAUGGACUAAAAAGUAGUUGAAAGGAUUAUGGUUUUAUUUUGUUGUAAUGUUCGUAGGUUAAUUCUUGGAUCAGUUUCACAAAGUUUAGUUUCUUUGCUUUACUCAUGUUUUAGCUACAUAUUAUGGGAUGUUCAAGGUCUGGUUACAAUCACGAGUCUCCCUAGAGCAUCUGCAUCGUUUUAUGCUUUCGGUUUACCGUUUUAAUAUUUCUUUUAAAGAAAAAUACCUUUCUUGUAUAUAUUGUUUUGUUAAAAGAAAAGGUUUUCAUUGUAAAGGGUUGUCAACUGUAACAGUGCAUCGAGAUGGACAAUAAAAUGACUUUGAUGUUGAA